AUGUCUGCAGACGGUAUUGCGUCAGUUUACGGUAAUUUCACGGCUGCUGCCUUUGAGUUUCCUAGUGAUGGAAAAGUGAAGUGCGAAGUUUCGGCGAAGCGUUGGUCGGCGCGGCCGAGCGUAGCACCGCGGGGUCGACGCCUCCUAUUCACCAUCGUUGAUUCUGGAGGUUUCUGCGAGCCGACAGCAUCUGGAGGGCGCAGGGGCGACAGAGGGGCGGCGCGCGGGGUGCUUCGGGCUCCGUACUGCGAGCGCGCCACGCCAGUCCCCGAGACACCGCCUGUGCGAGCGGCCAACGCGGUCCGAUACGCGAUCCUAGUGCAUUUGCAAUUUACCUAG